AUGGCGUUUGUGCUUCUGACAAUGAUUAUGAUGAUGCUGGUGUCAGAAAACGACUACAGAAACUGCAUAAUGUACAACGAACGCGAGGCACUACUCGUGUUGAAUUGCAGUCAUCCGUACAGCAAACGACGGUACACCAUUUUAUUUGAGUCCUACCCGUCUAUCCCGAACGCUCCCGAAUAUAAAACCGGAGAGUCCUAUUAUUUUAUCACAACCUCGACUGGCAACCAUCACGGUCUCAACAACGUCUACCACGGAGCAUGCAGGCAGCACAACAUGAGAAUUAAAAUUAAAGUAUCAGACCGACUGCCAAACAUCUUCUACGAUGAUGAAGAAGACAAUGGCGACGAAGACGACGACGACGAUGAUGACGACGAAGAUUACAAUGAGGAGGAUGACGACAACGAUGAAGGUGAUGCUAGUUAUGGCGGGAAAAGAAAUAAAAAUGAUGAUGAUGAUCCCUUCGGGACGACAAUGAAGAUCACAACGGCUACAGUGACUGUUAAAUCCAAUGUACAUAAUAUCAGCAGACCACCACCGGCCAAAAAAGUUGGAGAAGGAGGAGGUAGAGGACAGCACAAGCAAAAACACCAGCAUCAACAUCAACAGAGAAGGAUGCAGAUUACAAAAGCACCAACAUUUAUAGACAACGGCUACAUUUUCAACUUCAACGACGACGACGACGAUGGUGGCGACCGUGGUGACAACAAUCGCGUCAUAAAACGGCCAAACUCAAACUAUCAUACUCAGCUCAAGUGCCUAACAGCCGAUUCGCAUUUUCCAGAACGACAAGGAGCCACGUGA